UCGAAACACACGUCGCCCUACAGCGCGCGGGAUGACGGACAUCUCCGCUGGAGCGUCAAUCGUCAUGGCCUCUUGUGCGGACGAGCGGCAUCUGCCGGAGGACGCGCUCGAUCCCUCCGAGCAGAAGUACUGGGUCACGGAUGGAUGCUACCCCGCGGAGCUCGUCAUCAAGCUCGCGCGUCCGUCGAAGGUGUCGAAGCUUCGAACGUCCACGAGAGGCGUGCGAAAGUUUUCCCUUCACGUCUGCGCGGACGAGCGGCUCGACGCGGGCGGGGAGUUCAAGCCCGUGUUUGAGGUCGAGCUCGCGGACAAGCCCGCGGACGCCGCGCAGGUUGAGUCGCACAAGGUCAGCGUGAAGCGAGCGCUGUUUUUGAAAAUUCGAGUGGAGAGCGGCUGGGGCGACUUCUCCUCCGUGCACGCGGUGAGCGUGUUUUGACGUCGCGGAGACGGGAUGACGACGCGCCCGCGGAAGACGCGUCGCGGAAAGAGGCGUUGGUCGCCCUGUCGAUAUCCACGGCAGGUUCGAUUCUGUUGGUCGCCGCGCCGAAUGCGUCUUUUGUCGUCUUCGUCGUCGGCGGCGACAGCGGUCACGUCCGCGUCCACUCCCGACCUCGCGCGAACGAUUGCGUCGCUUCAACGCGCGGCGGUGGACGCGUACGAACGCGGAGAACGCGGCCACUUCGGGAACCCAGCGCUUGCGCGUGAGGGCGAGAAGAUUCGAGGAUCAACGCACAAAACGCGAACAGGACUGUACGUGAGAUAGUCUCACCGAGGACGACAACGCGGCGCUCGUGCUCGCGUCCGAUGGCGGGUUCCUGCCCGACCCGUACG